AUGGACCCAGCUACGGUUUUUCCCGAUGAAGUAAUUUUGCAAAUACUAAAUUAUUUGCCACAUUCUCCCACGUUUGCUAAUCUUGCAUGCUUAUCAAGGCGAUGGCGUGCUUUGGUUUCGAGUGCCCUUCAAUCUAGGUCGAGAGUUUCCCUUCUUGGUAUUGGAAGACAUUCGAUUCAGUGGCACUCAUUGCCCAUGUACAGUGAUAUAAAUGAGAGAUCAGGGGUGUCCGUUGCGAUUCACGGUCACACUCUGUAUGUUUUUGGUGGUCGUACUGACAAUGAAACUGCAAUGAACGAUCUUUCUACAUUUGAUCUUCUUACCGUAGAAUGGAAGCGGCUAACAACAAAUGGCCCACGACCUUUGCCCCGUUCAAAUGCCAUUAUGGGAUUCAUUGAGGAUCAACUCUUUCUUUAUGGUGGUUAUAAAUGCCCAUUGCAAGAUUUUGGAGAUGCGCGUCUUCCCCCGACUAGUCAUAUUCUGCGGACGCUGGUCUUGAAUGAUUUAUACAGCUUCCGUCGAGGGACCAACACUUGGAAACAGAUCCUAAAGGACACCGAGGGUCCUCGGCUGCGUGGCCACUACAAUGGAGUUUUCCUGCCACCGGUGGUUUCCGAUCCGGAGACCCAUCCAGGUUUAUUGGUCCUCCUUGAGGCCUCUGAUACGCAGUACCUCACUUUUGCACUGCUUCCCGAGACUGGUUUUUGGUUCGCCCUGCCCCAUUGCCCUCAAAGCCCUCCCCAGACCCCGAACUCCACCUUACUUUCGCGGUCUCCCUUGUGUGCCCUUUCGGAGAAGGACGUGCUCGUCCUCACCCACCAUCCUGCCACCACCUUUGCAUGGAUUCUUAGUCGCAGAGCUCGUACGUCCGAUUCAGUGAGUUAUUCGGUGGGUUGGACAUGGACCGAAGUUCAGCUGCGUAGUUGUGUGAAUAAGAUGAAUUUUCCCGAGCCUUUGGAGAUCUUAGGAGGCGCUGAGUUAGUGUGCCUCCCAAAGCUGCCUCACCAAGAAUGGCCGACGGUGGCAAUGUUGCGCAGGAUCCGCCUCAGCACUAUUCGAGCCCAUCUAAACCGACGGCUGAGGGAAGGUCCGAGGCGCUUACCUGACGUUGGCUCCAUCUCCUCAUCCUCCUCCUCUCCCCCCUCCGUAAACACUCAGCCCGAGGCGCAGCCCAAUCCUCUGGUCCAGGUGUUUGACGAACUUCACGACCCGACACAACCCGCAGGAGCUCCGGGUCAGCCGCUUCGUGGAGCCAUAAUACGACGCGUCGCCUCGUCCUCUUCCACCUCCCUUACCUCGUUGCUAAGGCAUCCCUCUACGGCGGCGUCCAGGAAGCGUCGCUCUUCCCAGGUGUCUGGCACUCGCUUUGUGGCAAGCAUGGUCAACACCAGCAGUGACGAGCCGGAGAGUAAUUCAGACUCCUUGGAUCCCGAUAUUUUGGCCCUGUGUACUCUGACCCUAUUUGGCAGGCCUAGCCGCUCCAGGCCCCGCCUCAUGCUGUGUAAACUAGAUGGCCCAUCAGAUCAGGACUAUUACCUGGAUAGCCUCCCGCUUUCCCGAUCUUUCGCCGCCUUCACCUAUGGUCUGGGAUCUCUUCUCGUAUUCGGUGCACCGCGGACACGACUGGUGAACGUGGAGUAUAUGAACGGCGUGAGGGACAAAAGGCCCCUCGUGUGGGCGAUUAGCGGCAGUCGAGUGGUGUGCGGAUUUGAGGCUCCUUCUGAAGCCUGA